AGGGCGAGUACCCACGGAGAUAUGUGUCGAUUGUGCAAAUUAGACCUCGCUUCUCUACAUCCUAGUCCCAAGAUCACAAUAGUUGCCAAGAGCAAUUCUGUCUUUUGAUGUUUCAGUUCCAGGAGGGGAUUGAAGGUUGUCAUAGCAAUGGAAGUUGACGACAAUGAUCAGAUCAACAGACUACAACGUUUAUCAAUGAGCGAUGAUCAAUCUGCCGCAUCCUGUGGGAACGAGGGUGAGUCUGUUCCGGAGACGGGAAGCUCAGAUAUCCGAGGUCAGGGAUGUCACCCAAUGGAUGGGAUCCCAUCACAAAACCAAGCCAAUCCAAAAGCGCUGUGCGGCAGGGCACUGCCAGAAGCUCUGCUGACCACCAAGCAGCUGUUUCAGUACUGGAACACCAUGAACAAGAAGGUGAAACCCAUCCGCCUACUCUUCGAGAUACCAGAGACCAGAACUGUGAAGGAGCAGGGCUCCAGAUACGUGAUGUACAAGGUGGUGGUGAUCAGGUCGGGCACCUACGACGGCAACCAGGCCUGCAUUGAACGGCGAUACUCGGACUUUGAAAAACUGCACAGAAAUAUCCUGAGGAACUUUAAAGAAGAGGUGGAAGAGAUCACUUUUCCAAAGAAAAUGAUGGCGGGGAACUUUCUUCCCGGGAAAAUCGCCGAGCGGAAGCUGGCGUUCCGGGAUUAUCUGGCGCAGUUGUACGCAAUCAAAGACAUCCGCUUCUCCGAUGAGUUUAUUGAAUUUUUCUAUCUGCCAGAGGUGCAGGAGGGAUACGGGUGCCUGAGGAGUGGACAGUACACCAGGGCUCUGAAGGGCCUUCUCAAUGUGUUCAGCUUACAGGAGAAGCUGUGCAUGCAUCACCACAUUACCCUGGUCCUUACUCUCAGUGCUAUUGGACUGUGUUGCAGAGACCUGGGGCAUAUAGAAGAUGCCUAUGAAUUUUGCGAGAAGGCUGGGCUUAUCUUGCACAAUUUUAGUUGCCACCGGUAUUAUUACCCUCUGAUGACGAUUCAGGUUGCCCUGGGAAAUGAGUUGGGGAGGAACAUGCGGCACUUACAGGAAAGGCUGAUCAAAAUGGAGGAACUCCACGGAAACCAAAGCAACCAGCCGUCACUGAAAGAGCUGGUGGUGCAGGAAUACAUACUGGACGGCUGAUGGGGACGCAAGGAACUGCAGGUGUUGGACUUCUGCAUGGAACCCAAUGUGCCAGAGUAACUCAGCGGGUCAGGCAGCAUCUCUGGAGGGCGUGGAGAGGUGGCGUUUCGGGGAUUGGAAGCCUUCCUUGCUGGGAUAGGCGAGAUUUCAGAUCGGGAGCCUUUU